AUAACGGGGCAUUGACAAACAACCAUAAACCUCAACAACGCCACUAUCGAGGAAGGCAACCUCGCUCAGUGUCCAAAUACUACGCCCGUAGCCAUUUGGCACGAGAAAACAGUCGAUGACAACUGACACUAGCGGCAAGGCCAAGGAACUCCUCGAUUCUUUGGUGGAGCCCCUCACUGCCCAAGUCCAUCUUCUUCCAGCCAUACACGCGCAGCUGGGUCUUCCGAGCUCUGCUAUAGCAGCUGAUCUCGAUAAACUCCGUGUGGUUCUUGCAGAUGCAAUAGAGGCCCAAAUACAGCAACGGCGAAGCGAAGUUAAAGCAUGGUUGGAACGAUGCGACAAAGUUGAAAAGGACUGCAAUGUCUUGGCGAAGAGCACGGGGCUAGAUAAAAGCGAGAAACCACCCACAUCUACUAUUUCUGAGCUUAGGAAGAUAACUAACAUUCCGGAACGCCUUGAGCAGUUAGUCGCUCUUCGAGACUCACUCAAUGCGAUUUAUGCCGUUAAGUUCGAAGAAAAGAACGCAUUGACUGUGGAACUCGAACGGAUCUCGAAGAUAGUUGGUCUUGAGUUUUAUUCGGCCGAUGUUUUGUCUGCCAUCAAUAUCUCAGCGUCCGAUGCCAAGGGUAACGAUGCACUAUGGAGGGACGUGACACCACAAAAACUGAACAAGCUCGAGAGAGAGAUUAAACGUGGAUUGGAGGAGAUCAGUACCAGGCAAGCCGAGCUGACGAAACUGCUUGAGCAGAUAAUGUGGUUGCAUUCCGAGCUUGGUCUCGAAAUCCCGGACCCCGACGCAGUCGAAGAUCUUAGCAUAAUAAUUGCGGAUGAACAACAAGCCGCCACGUCCUUCAAUCACAGUGCGACGCAAGGGCAUGCCUCGAGUAGUACACGCGCGACACCUCAAAUGUACAAUCGAGUCCUCUCUGAAUUCGCAGCACGCAUAGCCGAAUUGGACGAAGACAGCUUUGAAAACUUUGUUUUCGAUGGCGUUGAUCCAACUCUUGACAUCAUUUCGUAUUUCGGAACAAUUUUACAGGAGUUAGAACAACGCAUGAAGACUAGACAACAACAAAUACAAUCAAUGUACGACGAGCUUGAAGUUGUUUGGAAACGCCUUAAUAUACCAGAGAUCGAAACGGAGGGAUUUGUCGAACGGAAUCGGGGCACCACUGACGAUGUUAUUCAGGCGUAUGAAGCGGAACUUGCUCGCAUGACUGAACUGAAGCUGCAGAGUCUUUCUGGCUUUAUUGCUAUCGUGCGAGGGGAGUUACAGUCCCUUUGGGUCGACUUGAUGAUGGGUCCCAAUGAUCGUGCAUUGUUCGCUCCGAUGUGGAAAGAUGAGGAAGAGGAGGAAGACCCGGAGGCACUUCUCAAUGAGCACGAUUUAGAAGUGGCCAGGUUGAAGGAAGAGAAACGGUCCAAAGCCCACAUUCUUCCGUUUGUGAAGAAGUACUUCGAGAUCUCGAAUGACGAGAAGAUAUUAGCGGAAUCAGCCUCCGACACUUCGCGACUAACAGGUCGAGGAAACCGGGACCCUGGUCGACUCCUUCGAGAGGAAAAGAUGCGCAAGCGGGUGAGGAAGGAGAAGCCUCGACUACUCCGAGAGUUACUUGACUUUGUGUCGCAUUGGGAGGCAGAGCAUAGGUCCGAAUUCCGUGUAGAAGACACAUCACUUCUCGCUUGCCUGCAGCAAGAUGCUGAAGCCGAAACAUCUUCGAACCAAAGUAGUCAGAAGAGAACCAAGGCGGCCACGAUGUCAAUUAGAUCCGUGACACCUGCCCCUGGCGGCUCUGUCCAAGGGUCUGCCCAAAAGCACGGCCUUCCGAGCUCAGACAGCGGCCCACUUGCUAAACGGGCAAGGCUUACUCCUACCAAUGCUCCAAGGAAACCGAACUCCACAACUCAUUCACGAGGCGUCACGCCCACACCAUCGAAUAACCGAAACACUACUCCAGCAACCUUCGGAACGACUGUCCGUGCGCCGCUGCGAGUUAGUUCACAAUCAAACGGUACCGUUCCGCCUUUACCGCCAUCAUAUGACAGCGUCAAAAUAUCUGCGCAUCCUUCAAUAUCCAACACCUCGUCAGGUCACGGCUUUGGAUCCGUCAUUGGCCUUGGCACUGCUCCAUUGAGACUACCGAACGGGGCAUCGGGCUACGCUCAGUCCCUUAGGUCUGGAUCAGGAUCAACGGUGAGAAGCGUUUCGGCUUCGUCAAUCCCUCGACCGCCGUCCGCUGCGCUCGCUCAAGCAACUGCAAAAGUGGCUAGAAGACGGGAUAGUUUCAAACCCCGACCCAGUUUGGAUUAUGCAUUAGUAGACUUAUCGGGAAUGCACAGUGCUGGCUGCGGAGGUGAAGAAAUCCUAGAGGAGAGUGACGAGGAACUGGAAGUGUAUUAAUUAGAGGCCAUGAUACCCUUUGGCGUCCAUUUUGAUCAUUGCUUUCAAAUGCCUGUGUGUUUAUGUUAUUUGUACAGUUUUCGUUGUGUAAUGAAUUCCAAGACCUCUGUGUAUCGUUAUGUACAUGCAAUUUGAGAUGCGAAU